GAGAUAUACGUUACUUUAUCACGUUACUACCAGCAAUUCGAAUUGUUAUUUUUAAUGCUGAAAAAUGAAGCUGCUCAUCAUUUGGAUUCUUUCCGCAAUAGUUACUAUGAGUUACGGAAUACAUUUAAAAACCCUGUAUGAAUGGAAAUACGUUAAUUUUACUUGGGAUCCGUCGCAGAAGGAGCAAAUGGAAAACUCAAGUUACUAUGAUCCUAUGGAGUGUGCUUUAUACGACGUAGACAAGGCACCAGAUGGUAGGUAUUUUGUUACUGCGGUGAGGGGCAAGGGUGUGCCGGCCAGCUUGAUGACGGUAACUGACCAGACCGGAGAGGGUGGUCCGCUUCUGCGUCCUUAUCCUGACUGGUCUUGGUACCAGACGACAAAUUGCUUAGAAAACCACAUCAUAAGUGUCUUUAGGGUGUAUAUCAAAUGCAACUACAUCUUCGUCCUGGAUUGCGGUAAAAGUGAGCUUGAUGCCUCCGGAUUAACAACGGUGUGUCCCCCGCAGCUGUUGAUCUUUAAUUUGAAGUCUGAUUCCCUGGUUAAAAAAAUAGAAAUUCCCGAAGAAUACGUUUCUAAAAACGACAGUUUGUUAACGACACCUACCGUUAAAGUUAAGAAUUGUUAUAAAAUAUCGGACGCGAUGGUAUCUUUAGCUGAUACAGGAAGUUUCGGUUUAUUGACAAUCCAGUUAAAAAGCUGGGAAAUGUCGAAUAUCUGUAGAGUCGAGUCCGAAGACAUGAAACCGACCGAACCUGAGUUUACCAUAGAUGAUGAAAGUUUUUACUUGAAUGACGGUAUUCUUGGCAUGACAUAUAUGUCUGAAUGUCAUCACAAUCACAAUUCCGAUUUAUACUACUCUCCUUUGGCGGGGAAUGCAAUAUUUAAGAUGGAUGGAUACAAGCUAAAGAGUUGUUCCGGUUUUAAGAAGUCUAAUGAUCAAUUAGUGACUACGUUAUCAGGUCAGACUGGUCCCAUGGCAUCCAAAGGGUCCAUAAUAUUUUUCAGUAAUAUCCCAAAAACAGCCAUAAUGUGCAUGGACACUAGUGAAAAAAGAAACGCCAAUAAAACGGAUGUCGUUGUGCAAGAUGCCGUAAAUCUACAAUUUACAAGUGGAAUGAAGAUCAACGAAGAAUUACACAAUAAAACACGCAAAGAAGAACAACAUAAAUGUACAAAGAUAUGCAGUGGAGAGUUAAAUGUUAUGACAAAUCGUUAUCAGAAGAUUGCAAAUCACGAUAUGAAUAUGAAUGAGACAAAUUUUCGUGUUAUGAGAAUGGAUGUUAAAGAAAUAUGCGAGAACACAAAUUGUUUCGAAUCGUAUAAUUCUUGGCACAAUCAUCAUACUAAACAUCAUUGAUAAACAAAAACACACAUACACAUAUGCACACAUACAUACGGUUUAAUGGUAAAAAGUUUAUAUAUUAAUUAAAGUAAAGAUUAAUUUUUCCUUCUAAUAGAAUGACAUUUGUAUAAUACCGGAUCGCUAUAUUGCGCAGAGACGAGUGCAUUUAGCUCGGUAAUUCGCGUUCCGUUGCUGGAAUAUUGUAGCUUCUAAAUAAUAAUCAACGCUAGUUUGAUGCAGUCCCUUGUUAUCGGGGGCGCUAAUUAUUCCCGCUUCGUAUCAUCUGAUAUGAAAGUUUUAAUCGGCUAUAUAAUCAGAUAUAUAACGUAUGAUUAAAAUUAUGAAUCUGCUAAUAUCCGUCUGUGUUUCCCGGGAAAUUAAUAAAAUUAUGACGCAUAUUAUACUAUACCCGCUACGUGGUUAGCGAGUUGUUACAAUGGUAAUUUGGACGUGGUCAAUAAACCUCACAAAUAAAUGUCCUUUCCAUUUGACGCGUUGUAAACGCUUUCCACUACGCGAUGCCAUUAAAUCUCGAAAACAUAUAUUUCUCACGUACAUACAUUUUUACAUAGUUUAUAUAUAACAUAAAAAUAUAAUAUAAAAGGGGAUUUAGGAAAGAAAGAUGGGCUCGUUGCAGAAUAGCAGAUGUCACAUAAACAUUAAUUAAGUCGGAUAGAUUUUAAAAUUUAGAGAUAAGCACCGUCUCUUGUAUAAUUCUCUAUAUACACGGUGAUUCAGAACGAGUGU